UGUGUCUGAGAAACACUCAGACAGAACAAAUGAGCGGCCGCGGCUCGUCUCGCUCUAGAGAUGCUGAUAUCGGCACCGGAGCGAGAGCUCUUUCAGCACAGAGUCACGUUACAACUGGAGAGAAACCAACAGAGCCACAGCUGAGCAGAAAACAACUGCUACAAGACAGAGAGAGAGAGAGAGAGAGAGAGAGUUGUGAAUGUUAGGAGCACAGAUUUAAAGAGAGCUACCAAAAGAAAGAAAGAAGAUUAAAGACUGGUGUUGUGCUGCCCUCGUGUUCUUGUUCUCCACAUACACACACAGAUACAGAUGAGAUGGAUUCAGUCUUAACAGCAGCGGUGUCUACAGAUCUGGACGCAUGAUGACCAUGGAGAGCAUGUUUAUUGGUAAUCCGUGCCAGAGUGGACUGGUGCCGGCGUUGGUACGAGCUCCUCUGCCCGCUGUGACACCGUCUCUGGGCAUGAAGCAGUUCCUGUCCUUCCCUCUGGACAGCAGCUCAAUGCUGGGUCUCGUGCCUGGAUUCAGUUCGGUGAGUCUGAAGAUGGACCCUCUUCAGAAGGCUGUUUUGCAUCACACGUUUGGUGUUCCUGCUUCUACUAAAAGGAAAUGUGUGUCGUGCAACGUGUGCCAGCUGAGGUUUAACUCACAGAGUCAGGCACUGGCCCACUACAAAGGCACCAAACACGCCAAGAAGCUGAAAUCCUUGGAUGCCCCAAAAUGCCUCAAACAGAAGAGCCCGCCGGCCACCAGAGAAAAUACCAACAGGGAGCCGUCUAGAGGCCUCUCACCCACCACGACGGCCAACAACGACGACGACAAAAGAGAUGAAGGUCCUGAUGAGCUCGUGGCUCCUUCAUCUCCCUCAUCCACCCCCAACACGAGUCCCAGGGAGGCGGAGUCUACUUCAGUGUCAGGAGGUGAGGAUGGCCCCUCCCUCGCACCCAGCCCACCACAUCCGACAGAACAAGAGAGUGAAGUGACAUCGGAGAUGGAGUCAGAGGAGAAGAAAGCCCUGCGUCUGCUCUACUGCUCUCUCUGUAAGGUGGCCGUCAACUCCGCAUCCCAGCUGGAGGCGCACAACAGUGGCACCAAGCACAAGACCAUGCUGGAGGCUCGCAGUGGAAACGGUUCCAUCAAAUCUUUUCCCAGACCCGGGCUAAAAAGCAAGCUGUCGACGCCCACCAAGACGGACGUGGGCCUGCAGAACAAGAUCUUUCACUGUGAAACCUGCGACGUGCACGUCAAUUCAGAGACGCAACUCAAACAGCACAUUAGCAGCAGACGCCACAAAGACAGAGCGGCAGGAAAGCCUUCCAAACCCAAGUACGGUCCUUACAGCAAAACCCAAAGAGGACAAACCAAACAGACGCAGGUGAAGAUGGCAUUAGGAAAAGACUUGUGUCCACCUCUGACAGGCGGGAUAAUGCAGUCGCACCUGGCAGCUGUCGCCGCGGCGGCCGCCGCUGUAAGCUCCGCCUUUCCCCUGCGUGCCUGCCAUAACCCCGCCCUCUUUCAGACUCAGACCCUCCCAGCCACGCUGCUCCGCCCGGCCCCGGGGCCAAUCAGGACUGCUCACACUCCUAUACUGUUCGCCCCUUAUUGACCUAUGAACUCUGACCUCACAUGCUUGGAUCAUCGCUUCUGUCCCUCCAUAACAACACCUCCCGGCGGGCGCACGGCCCGCAUCAAAUGCGACAUAUCGCAAUAAUUUGAAAGCAAAACACGAGCCAGGUAACUAUGCAUUGUCAUUUUUAUGUGACACACUGAAGCUAUAAAUGUUCCGGUGAGUUGUUUUUCAUUAUCGUCACGACGUCAAAGAAAAAGUUGGAUUAUUUUUUUAAGAUAUGUCGUUCUAAUUUACUUGCUGUCAUUCCGAGCUGUAUUAUUUUCCGUCUUCGGUGAAACGCAAGAAUUGAUGUUGGACAGAGUGUCCGAGCUGUUUUUAAUACAACGAAACUAAGCGAUUCAUACAUAAUCCAGUGUGCUAUAUUUCAAGCCUUGCGCCAAUGAGAAAUGUUUGUAUUGGAUAUGAAUUUGCUGUUCGUAACACAAAACUGAUGUGUUUUCAUUUCAUAGCUCAUUCAUUGUAAAAAAAAGAACAGCUUGGACAUUGUACUUUGUGUUUACUGAGGCAAUAAAAUAAUACAGGUUUAAAAUAAUAUGAUGACGGUGAGAUGUCGACAAAUUAUAAUUGAACAUUUUAAGAUGAAAUUGUAAACAAAGAUGUUAUGGAGAGGGUUUAUAUUUGACUGCUGUUGCACUUUAAGCUGUUGUUGUUGUAGAUGUUCACUGCUUUAGAUGACUAGAACCCUCCUGGUUUCAGCUGUUUGUGUAAUGAGACGAUCACUGCUUCAUACAGUAUGUAAAUGAUGUGGGACAGGAUUGGUGACAGGUCCUGCGGUGUCGGUGUGUCACGUGUUUGGGCAUUUACACUCCUCCCUAGAGAACACUGCAUUCGCAUCACUAGGAACCAUUUCACAAGGACAUAGAAGAGACUUAUUACUUUCUGAAAAUCUAUGUGAAAGCAUACACACAAAUGUGACCCUGGACCACAAAACCAGUCAUAAGUAGCACGGGGUAUAUUUGUAGCAAUAGCCAACAAAACAUUGUAUGGGUCAAAAUGAUCCAUUUUUCUUUUA